GUUAGCUAACGUCAUUGCCCACGACGGGAAGAGGACUGCACGAACAAGACAUAACGUCAGUCAGUACUAAACAAUUGUUUAUUAUUUUAAUACGCUGGGUUUGAUGUAUCAAAUGUAUGCCAAACUGAAUGUGAAACCGUGAAGAUAUAAGAAAUGUAGUUGAUAUAAAUUCGGUUGAAUUGCUCUAGCCAAAACACGAUUCGUUGACUGCUGUUUGGAGACCAUUCAGCCAAACGCCAUUGUAAAAACUCAAAGUUAUAUGAUUUCUCUUUAGUCGUUAAAUAUUAAUACUUAAUAUGAUAUUAAAGAUGAGCCUGGCGGAAAGUGUAGAUUCUUGUGGUAAAUUCGGGAUAUAUAUUAUCGAUCAAGCAGCACUGUUUUCAUACAAAACUCUUAUUUUCGCAUUCGUGACAGUUUAGUAGCUCCUGUCCACCACCUUAGAUUUAGAGAAGUUAGAUUUUCCCACAAAAUGGCGAUACUUGGUGUAUUACACGUAUGCCGAAUUAAAGAGGGGUCCACACUUAUUUUCUACAUUAAAUUUGUUUUCUAAAGGCUUGCGUUAAAUUAAAAGAUUUUUAGAUGUGAAAAAAAUCUCAAAUGAAAUUUAAGCGUUCAGCGUUAGUAAAACAAUGGUUCCGCUGGCGUGUUUCUAGUCGGACACAAUAACAUUGAACAAACCAUAGUUGACAGGACUUGUAGCUGUGAGGCGACUAGUUUUAAUGAUGAAAACUGAAGUUAGUUGAUGAUGAAUUAAGUAUGAUUAGCAGGAGUAGUUCGGACUCUCAGCUCCUCUAAAUGGACCCGGUCCACAGAGCUCUGCUGCGGACACACCGGCUGGAGCUGUCCGGGCAGCUGCUGGUCAGUGACACCAUCGUUCCGUUUCUGUACCAGGAGAACAUUUUAACGGAGGCUCAGGUGGAGGACGUCGAGUCUCAGCCCACCAACAGACAGAAGUGUCUGAAGCUGCUGGACAUCCUGCCGAGCCGCGGGCCCCGGGCCUUUGACUCGUUUCUGCGGUCUCUGGAGGAGUUCAGCUGGGUCAGAGACAAACUGCUGCUGGAGCUGCAGACACCUGGACCUGGACCUGGAGCCAGCUCAACAGACGUCUGGCGGGUUCCCGACUCGAUUCUCCAGAAGGUUCCUUCGGAUCGGGACUUGUCCCGGCUGGCGUCUCGGCUCGGCUCUGAGUGGGAGGCGGUCCUGAUGGAUUUGGGUCUGUCUGCGGAGGAUCUGUUCCGGUGUCGGUCCGAUCAUCAGCUCAGUACUCACGGGGCGGUCCUGGCUGGUCUGGUUCAGUGGAGACGAUGUGAAGGGAAGAAAGCGACAGUGCAGAGGCUGAUGCAGAGUCUGCAGGCUGCUGACGUCCAUCCGUCCAUCCUGGAGUUCCUGAUGUGAUCCCUUAUAUUCAUGUGUACAGUCACUUCUUUUAUCAAAUCAAGCUUUAAUCACAUUUUCAUCUGAUGACGUUUACAUUUUUUAUGUCAUUACAUAAUUUAACAAGGACUCUGAUAACUGAUUAUUAUUACGGAGCAAAAGAUUUUAAUCUGUUAAAUCAUAACCUCAAAAUAAGAUCAGAUUUUCAAGGUUUAAAUCCGGGGGGCCAUAUUCACAAAGCUUCCUCGUUCAGAGACUUGCUCCUUGUGACGGAUUUCUAAUUAAGUUCUUAGAAUUGUGCCGUUGUCUUUAGAAUUUCCCCUUAAAGUUAAGACUAAGUCCUUGUAAAAAUAAAGUUACUCACAGAGCAUCUUAGACCUUAAAAGUGCUCCUGGGGUGAAACAGUUCGGAGCAGAGAAGAGGACUUUAAGAGACAUGAGUUUAAUUUGUCCCGAGUUAGGUUGGAGAAAUAUUCUCCAAACACUUCUUCUCCUGACGUACGUCUGAAAACCUUCAGCUCCAUUAAGGCAAGCCAAUCCAGUGUUUCAUCAUCCAGGUCAAUUAGACCCCAGUCGCCAUUCGGCGGCCUGUGUUUGGGGCCGCUGGUUAUUACGUGCUCCACAGUUUGUAGUGGAUCCCUACAUUCGCAGUUGGCACUGUCCACCAAACCCCAUUUUUGCAUUGCUGCCCCGACGCGUCCCACGCCUGUCCUCAGGUGGUUGAAGGUCGUCUGGGAACAUCUGUAGGGUCUUCAGUGUAGUGGUGGAGCCUUGAUGGUUCUGCUGACCUCCACUGGUCCCUCCACCGUGCCUUGACCCAGGCGACCUUGGAGGGAUCAGAUGGUGUUGUACGGAGCAGUUCUUGGACGUGUGUGGCAAGGGGGCGCCAGGACUUGAGAAGCAAGCGCUGUGGUGUCUCCGAAAUGAACUGUGAUGCUACAGAUUUGAUUGUGCAGGAAUUAUGUGUGUGUUUGACCUCAUUAGGGAUACACACACAUUUACCACCCAGUGAAAUAAAAAAUAACGCCAGAAACAAAAUGAUCACAACACCAAUGUAUCUGGGAAACUCAUAUUGUGAUGCAGUUCAUUUCAUUUCCACUGGGUGUCCUCACCUUGCAGGCUCACGUAGAGGUGUGUCUCUGACAACCAAUCACAUCUGUUAAAACCAAGCAUCACACCUAGCCACAGAGUCGACCACACCUCCUCACUGAGGUAAAAGUUCAUGUCCCUUCCUUGCUCAGAGCUGCUCUGAGAACUUUCCUAAAUCACUCCUAAGCUAGGACUCCUUACUAAAAAUGUUUAGGUUAAGUUAGGAGCUCUCUGAGAGGAUGUUUGUGAAUAUGGGCCCUAAUUUACAGAUAAAUGGCAGAAAUCUUGAUUAAAAGUCAGAAUUCUAAGAUUAAAUUUGGGAUACUGAGAAAAUUGAUUCUGAAUUUUGAGAUGAAGAUGAAUUAAAGAUUAAAAGUCUGUCUUAUGAUAUUGAUUUCAGGAAUAUAAGGUUGAAAGUCUGACUUUUAAGAUACACGGUGGCAUACUGAGAGAAUUAAGUCAGAAUUUUAAGAUAAAAAUCAGGAGUCAAUGUGGAAUAAAAAUACAGAUUUUGAGAAAAAUGUCUGAAUAUUAAGGUUCAAACCAGAAUUUUGAGGUAAAAUCCCUCAGCGUGAGGUUUUGCAGUAAUACAAACAGAGUCCUGGGGUGAAAACAUGACUAAAGAAAUGUGGCUCAGCCUAUUUUAAUUAAAUAACACCUGCUUUUAUUAAACAAGUUUUAUUCAAAUCUGUUUUAAAUCAAAGGCUAAAUGUGUUACUUCUUCUUGCCUUUCAUUGUUGUAACAUUGUCGGGUUAUUUCCUGUUCGAACAUCCCGUCUCCCUCACACUUCAGACUUUCACACAUUUUCCUUGAAGCCAGCGAUUAGGUUUUAUCAGAAAGCCAUUCAACAACAACACACAUGCACACACGCACACGCACACGCACACACACACACACACACACACACAAUAACAAUGGCUGCUCUCACUGUACUUCAUUAAUUCCUCAACAGUUCCUGAGGAUCAGCUUUCUGUGUCCAGGCUUUUAAGGUGGACUGACGAGAUGUGAGAGCAGCACUGGAGCUGAACUGUUUAUUUGUUUUUGUCUCAAAAUUGAAACACUUUGUGAAUUUCAGUGAGUUUUUUUGAUGAAGAGUUUGUAAAAGUUCAAAUUUAACUAAAGAAAAUAAAGUUUAAAGUUAAAUAUCCCUCAAAUUCACUGUGGUUUGACAUUUUAACCCUUUAGGCUCUUCAUCAUCUGAGAUAUCUGACAAACAGAUGUACUGAACUCAACCUGAAUGAUUUAUCUCUGGCAUUUUGUUGAAGUAUGUUCACUCCAAAUUAUUUCAGGAAUCUGGGAUUUAUAAUCUUAACUUUGCAAUAAAAAGUCCAAAAGUCCAAAUUUGAAAAACAAAAUUCGGAAUGUGAGUGAAGAAGUCCAAAUAUUAAGACAAAAGUCGGGAAUCUGAGAUUAAAAGUCAUAGUUUUGAAAAUAAAGUCAAGAAAUUGAGAUAAAUACGAUUGUUCGUAAAUAAGAUUUCUUUUUUUAAUUGAAUUUUAAGGAUAAAUUCAGGAAUCUGAGAUUAAAAAUCGGAAUUUUGAAAAUAAAGUCAGGAAAUUGAUGUUUAAAAUGUUAAUUUUUGAGACAACAGGAAUUUAAGAUUUAAAAAAAAGGAAUUUUGAUAUUAAAUUCAGUAAACCUAGAUUUAAUGUCCAAACUUUGAGAGUGAAUUCAGGAAUCUGGUAUUAAAAAUUAGAAAUUUUGAUAAAAUCAGAAAUUUAACAAUAAAAAUCCAAAUUUUGAAAACAAAGUCAGGAAUUUGAGAUUCAAUUUUAGAUAAAGUCAGAAAUUUCAGAUGAAAAAAAAAAAUCUCAAAUUUUAAAAAUAAAGACAGGAACUUGAGAUAAAAGUCCAAACUUUGAAAGUUAAGUCACAUGUUUGAGAUUAAAAUCUGAAUUGAGACAAAAAGCAGGGAUCUUAGAUUUAAAGAAAGAAGUUAAAUUGUCUGAACAUUAAUUAUACUUUUAUUCGUUUAUCUCUCAUCUGUUAAUGAUACAAGAAAUAUUGUUAACUAAUUUUGAACAAAAUUUCUGAUUAUAAAGAGCUUUCAAUGUGAUUUGUAUUCAGUUGUAUAUGAGCUGAAAUUGUGAAGGCAUAAUCAACAGCUGUAAUCAGGUAAAUCCAGACUGUGACUCAUUUUAAGAUGCCUUAAUUUGAAAGUUUAUCCUCUUGUUUUUUAUUGUGUUAACUGAACUUAAA